AUGACGCUAGGCUCUACAGGAGCACGCGAACGUAAAGGGACAGCAAAAGUCGAUUUCCUGAAGAAAAUUGAAAAAGAGAUCCAACAGAAGUGGGAUGAUGAGCGAGUCUUUGAGAUUGAUGCUUUGGAUAGGCAGAACCAAAAGAGCAAAGGCAAGUACUUUGUUACCUUUCCUUACCCCUACAUGAACGGUCGCCUUCACCUGGGACACACGUUUUCUUUGUCUAAAUGUGAGUUCGCAAUUGGGUAUCAGAGGCUGAAGGGAAAGAACUGCUUGUUUCCGUUUGGUCUGCACUGCACCGGGAUGCCUAUAAAGGCUUGUGCAGAUAAGCUAAAAAGAGAAAUGGAAUUAUAUGGCUGCCCACCUGAAUUUCCUGAUGAGGAGGAAGAGGAGGAAGAAAAUUCUGCUAAAAAAGAAGAAGAAAUUAUCAUCAAAGACAAAGCAAAAGGCAAGAAGAGAAAGGCUGCUGCCAAGACUGGCUCUUCCAAGUACCAGUGGGGAAUCAUGAAGUCGUUGGGUCUUUCUGAUGAGGAAGUAGUCGGUUUUUCUGAAGCUGAGCACUGGCUGGAUUAUUUCCCUCCUCUUGCUGUCCAGGAUCUGAAAAGCAUGGGGUUGAAGGUGGAUUGGAGGCGUUCUUUUGUUACUACAGAUGUUAAUCCUUACUAUGAUUCCUUUGUACGAUGGCAAUUUCUUACAUUAAAGGAAAGAAAUAAAAUUAAGUUUGGGAAACGAUAUACAAUUUAUUCUCCAAAAGAUGGACAGCCUUGUAUGGAUCAUGACAGGCAAACAGGAGAGGGUGUUGGGCCUCAAGAAUACACGCUAAUAAAAAUGAAGGUUUUAGAUCCUUAUCCUGCAAAAUUAAGUGGCCUAAGAGGAAAAAAUAUCUUCUUGGUGGCUGCUACACUCAGGCCAGAGACCAUGUUUGGACAGACUAACUGCUGGGUUCGCCCAGAUAUGAAGUACAUCGGCUUUGAGACUGUGAAGGGGGAUAUUUUUAUCUGUACCCAAAGAGCUGCCAGGAACAUGUCCUACCAGGGCUUUACAAAAGAUAAUGGAGUCGUACCUGUUGUCAAGGAGCUGAUGGGAGAAGAGAUUCUUGGCGCUGCAUAAAGGAAGAUAAAGGUAACUUUGCAGCAUCGUCUUGCCAAAGCCUGUUUGAUGUGCACUGUGCAUUCAAUACGUGUAGACUAAUCUUUUUAUCUGUUGUAUCUCUGUCAAGGAACUGGAAUAGUGACAAGUGUUCCCUCUGAUUCUCCAGAUGACAUUGCAGCCUUGAGAGAUUUGAAAAAAAAACAGGCUUUGAGGGUGAAGUAUGGCAUCAAAGAUGAAAUGGUCCUGCCAUUUGAACCAGUGCCCAUCAUUGAAAUCCCAGGCUAUGGCAACCUCUGUGCUCCUUCAGUCUGUGAUGAGCUGAAGAUCCAGAGCCAGAAUGACAGAGAGAAACUUGCUGAGGCCAAGGAGAGAGUGUACCUGAAAGGAUUUUAUGAGGGAGUAAUGUUGGUGGAUGGAUUCAAAGGACAAAAAGUUCAAGAUGUCAAGAAACCUAUUCAGAAGAUGAUGGUGGAUAAUGAUGAAGCCAUGAUUUAUAUGGAACCUGAGAAACAAGUUAUAUCGAGGUCUGCUGAUGAAUGUGUUGUGGCCCUUUGUGACCAGUGGUAUUUAGAUUAUGGUGAAGUGAACUGGAAGAAACAGGCAUCAGAGUGCUUGAAACAUCUAGAGACGUUUUGUGAAGAGACUAGGAGAAACUUUGAAGCUACUUUAGGUUGGCUACAAGAGCACGCAUGCUCCAGGACAUAUGGCUUAGGUACCCGGUUACCUUGGGACGAGCAGUGGCUGAUAGAGUCGCUCUCCGACUCGACUAUCUACAUGGCCUAUUACACGGUGGCUCAUCUGUUGCAGGGAGGGAACCUGAGGGGCCAGGGAGAAUCUCCUCUAGGCAUCAGGGCACAUCAAAUGAGCAAAGAAGUUUGGGAUUACAUCUUCUUCAAGGCAGCUCCAUUUCCUAAAACAGAGAUUCCAAAAGAAAAGUUGGACAAGCUAAAGGAGGAGUUUGAAUUUUGGUAUCCAGUGGAUCUCAGAGUUUCUGGCAAAGAUCUUGUUCCAAAUCAUCUCUCGUACUACCUCUAUAAUCAUGUGGCGAUGUGGUCAGAUCAAAGAGAAAAAUGGCCAGUAGCUGUGAGAGCAAAUGGACAUCUCCUUCUCAAUUCGGAAAAGAUGUCUAAAUCUACAGGCAACUUUCUUACCCUAACUCAAGCUGUUGACAAGUUUUCUGCAGAUGGCAUGCGUUUAGCCUUGGCUGAUGCUGGAGACACUGUUGAAGAUGCCAACUUUGUGGAAGCCAUGGCAGAUGCUGGUAUUCUUCGUCUCUACACAUGGGUGGAAUGGGUAAAGGAGAUGAUUGCAAACAGAGACAGUUUAAGAAGCGGUCCUGCCAACACCUUCAAUGACAGAGUCUUUGCCAGUGAAAUGAGUGCAGGCAUCCUGAAGACAGACCAAAACUAUGAGAAGAUGAUGUUUAAAGAAGCUCUGAAAACUGGCUUCUUUGAAUUUCAGGCAGCAAAGGAUAAAUACCGUGAGCUGGCGAUAGAAGGAAUGUACAGAGAGCUGGUGUUUCAGUUUAUUGAAGUUCAAACUCUGCUGUUGGCGCCUAUCUGUCCCCACUUAUGUGAGCACAUCUGGUCGUUGCUGGGAAAGCCUGAUUCCAUCAUGAGAGCCUCAUGGCCAGUAGCAGGUCCCGUGGAUGAGGUAUUAAUCCGCUCCUCUCAGUACCUCAUGGAAGCAGCUCAUGAUCUCCGACUCCGUCUCAAGAACUACUUGGUGCCUGUGAAAGGAAAGAAAAGUGCUAAAGAACCUGCCCAGAAGCCUUCUCACUGUACCAUCUAUGUGGCAAAGAACUACCCGCCUUGGCAGCACACCACCUUAUCGGUUCUGCGCAAGCACUACCAGGUCAGUGGAGGUCAGCUGCCAGAUAAUAAAGUAAUUGCCAGUGAGCUGAACGCCUUGCCGGAGCUGAAGAAGUAUAUGAAGAAGGUUAUGCCUUUUGUUGCCAUGAUUAAGGAAAAUCUGGAGAAGAAUGGUUCACGUGUUCUUGAUCUGGAACUGGAAUUUGAUGAACGUGCAGUGCUCAUGGAGAAUAUUGUCUAUUUGACAAACUCACUGGAGCUGGAUCACAUAGAAGUGAAGUUUGCUUCUGAAGCAGAAGAUAAAAUAAAAGAAGACUGCUGUCCUGGAAAACCAUUUUCUGUAUUCAGAACUGAGCCCAGUGUGUCUGUGUUUUUGGUGAACCCUCAACCAUCAAAUGGCCACUUCUCUACAAAAAUUGAAAUCAGGCAAGGAGACAACAGAGAAAUGGUGAUCAGGCGCUUAAUGAAGAUGGACAGAGGAAUCAAAGAUCUCUCUAAAGUGAAGCUGAUGAGGUUUGAUGAUCCUGUGCUUGGGCCACGCCGUGUUCCAGUCCUUGGCAAAGAAGAAGCAGAGAAAACGCCUAUUCUGGAGCAAGCCAUCUUCCACAUUGACCUGGACGAGAAACAUGUUCACGUUACUGAGAAUGGCCUGACAAAGGAUGUUGGUGACACAAUUGUUUAUCUAGUUCAUUAAACUGACGCAUACCUGGCUUGAUCCCUGGCAGUGAGAAGGUUCCUAGAGUGAC